UCACCACUCAGCCUCGCACCUCGAUCAAUGCUUCCAUUUGAAUUGAAGUCUUCUCGGAUCCCCUGACCACCCACUCAGCCAGUUUUCCAAUUCCUCCUCAUCGCGCGAUCUUCCAGGGAGCACAACAACCGCCCGACCGGGUCUACGGACUUCUGAAACGCUCCUUAACUUCUAUUCUUCGACCUCGCCCUGCCUUUACCCGCGCGCGCUACUUACCGCGUCUAAUUUCUUCGCUUCGUCAUCCAUUUACCGCCAACCGCCAAACAUCAUGUCCCGCGGUAACCAGCGCGAGAAGGCCCGUGAGGCUAACCUCAAGAAGCAAGCCGCUCAGAAGAAGGUCAACACCAAGAGCGGCACUGAGAUGCAGCGCGAUAAGGAAGCUGUCGCUGCCCUCAUGAGGGCCAAGCAGGCGGCCGCCGAUGCGAAGAGGGCUGCUGAGGCUGCCAAGAAGAAAUAAACGGCCAUCUCAAACAGUCCAACUACCCACGUGGUUGGAGGAGAUACGAAUCUGAUCAACGGGAACUCGUCCUUCUCGCUGCGCGAUUAUCUUUAUUUACCUCAUCCCCAUAGUCGACAGCGACUAUGAGCAGCUGCGGGAAUGCCCCCGUGUCUAUUAGACCGGGAUCGGUUUUCCCCAUCCAUCUUUAUACCGUUCGGAGUGUUUUACGGCGUCACAGACCAGGGAGGAAGACUCGGGGAGUAUCUUGAUUUAUUGGAGCAAAGCUUGGGCAUUCAUGGCGUGAGCGUGGGAAUACCAUCUUGAAUUAACACAUUUUCUUGGAAGCAUCAUCAAAUCCGGAACGCUUUUCUUCCGUGUGGGGCCGACGCAUGCUCGGUCGGCUACCGUUGUCCUUAUCGCUGUUUUGCAUGUGCGCAAACUGGCUUGUCAGACUUCUGUCUUUUGGCUGACCUCAGUAUUGCAGCUCCUUUGUUGAUUCUUACGGCAUUUGAGAAACAAGGUAAGGACAGCGACGGGAUAACAUUUCGCAGUGAAGAAGAUUAUUAAUGUGCGUAACGCUUCAAGCGACAGCUAUUCCUGACCAAGUUAUAGGUAUCCAACCGUAAUCCUGUCCCUUACCCCUUCAUGCGAUCAACUCGCAAACACUGUCCCAGCCAGAAAGGCGUGCUUCAAGUUACUGACAUGACUAGCACGGUCAAAAAAAGCUAAAGUAUACAAGUAGCAUCUUUGAUGCUACAGAAAUAAAACAUGGCAUUCCCUUCUCUAUCGCUGACUUUCUUUCAGACGAUCCAAGCAUCAGAUGCUCACAGCUAAGGUGUGUGUGCUUAGGCAGCAGGAGGAGCACCCAGAGCCAUGGCUCUAGGAAUCGAACCUUGGAUGAUGUCAGCUUUUGGUCACGGAUUCGAGAUGCAGGCGAACUACUCACCACCUACGCCACCAAAGGCGUUUACACCCUGGGCCGCAACAUUGGGGAAGGAACCGGCAGCGCAAGAGACGGCGCAUACGCACGAGCCGUCCGCGGCAACCUGGCCAACACCAGUCACAAUGUUUCCAGUUGCUUGGGCCGCACCACCAGCCACGGCUGUUGCAGUGG